AUGUCGGCUCCUAGAGUUGCUGUAAUAGGUUGUGGACUGACUGGGUCAUUUACUGCUCUCAUACUGCGUCGUGCACUUCCAGAAGCAAGCGUCACAGUGUGGGAGAAGUCAACGAACGCUGGACGAACCUUCACCAAACGAACAGCCGACAGUAGUAUCGAUAUGGGUGCACAAUACAUCUCUCAGACUCCAGAAUACGCAGAAGCUCACAAAAGGUUUUACUCUGAACUGUUGGAUCAGGGUAUUCUAUCGCCAUUUUGUGGUGUCAUUGAAGGUGAAAGUCGUAGUGACAAGGCAAAAAAUUUCGUUGCCCCUAAAGGAAUGGAUAGCAUUGUCAACUACUGUGUAGCGGCAUCAGGCUGCAGUGUUUUGUAUAACACUCGUCUUGAAAAGCUGUCAGUGGCAGAUGAUGGUAUGAUCAAGAUGUUAACUCUCAAGUCCGAAAACGGCUAUGUUGCAUCUUAUAAUGCAGUGGUGAUCACUAUACCAGUACCACAGGCUCUCGCUCUUGAUGGUGUUUUGGAGCUGCUUGAUAAGAAACCGAUUCUAAAGAAAAAUCUCGAGUGUGUGCACUAUUCGUCGAGAUAUGCUGUUGCGUUACACUUUGAGUCAGAUUUUGAGAUUCCUGUCCCUUGGACUGCUAAAUAUGUGUGCGGUAACGAUGCAAUUCGUUUUGUGUGCUGGGACUCGAGAAAACGGAAUCCCCAGUCUGGAGGUCCUCACUCACUCCUAGUGCAUUCUAGUGUUCCUUUUGCAGUGGAACAUUUAGAAGAAGAACGAGCAAAAGUGGAAGAAACUUUGAUAGACCGAGUACAAAUGUUGUUUUCGUGGCUGCCAAAACCUACUUGGAGUAGGUGUCAUCGGUGGCGAUAUUCUCAAGUGAAGCAAUCAUAUUCUGGCAUACCCGGAUAUGUCACAAUAGGUCAGUCUCCACCACUGCUGUUUGGUGGUGAUGGAUUCAACCACUCGAAUUUUGAUGGCUGUGUUGAGUCGGCAGUACAGAUAGUUAAUGCUCUCAGCAAGAUGCCAAUUCUAUCGUUAUAGUGUAUGACUAGGAUGGUAGGCAAGCGUGAAGUGAAAUAAGCAAACUGCCAGAUGAAGUUUCAUACGCUUUCUUCAGUGUCUGAAGUGAUUGUUUGUUUGAGUGUCAGGUACAUUAGACUGUGACUAAUAGUGUGUCUGCAUGAAAACUAGUAUUUUGAGACAACAGAAAGAAUUGAUUA